GAAUUAUUUCAUUGCAGAGGAUGUAACUGCUGGUUAAAAAGUUCCGUUGUGUUGUCUGACAGAAAAUAUGCAACGUAAUUGAUAAAUGGUUUUAUAUUGGACACGUGAGGAAGGAUUAGGGAAAACACGCAGAAUGCAAAUACAACGUAAUUACGUCUUCAAUAUGCAAAUAUACACAUGACGUCAUCUGGCGACUUUUCGAGCAUACUUUAGCUACUUUCCAUUGAAAAUAGUUGGCAACACUGGCUCGGAAACACAUUUUGCAACUACUGAAAACUACGUAGAAGAUUCCCUCUGGGCAGCUGGGAUGGCUAAGAGUCUUCAGGGUCAUCUGAGUAACAGAGGCCGCCUGAGGAUCACUACACCAGAUCAGUAGCUACAGACACAUUAGACUAAAGUUUGCAUGUCUCUCCAAUCCAUCUACAAUGGAGUCCUUCACCCCUGCCGACCAGGAUGUAUUACCCAUUUUUAAGGAUUCCCAAAUUAAAAUAGAUUGUCAUGCAUGGGAUGCCAUAGAGGAUUUUGCUGACCAGAAGCCUAGCAAAUCCUUCACAGAGACAGUGACACUUCCCAGAGAUAAGGUCUCUGGAUUUAUUUACUCUGUUAAAAUAAAGUCUGAGACUGAGGACGUCAGUGAUGAAGAUUAUGACGAGUAUGUUGCUGUGGAAGAAAAAAUGGGUUCUGAUGAAACGGAUAUUAUGAAAAUAGAGCCUGACAGUCUUCAUUCUGCUUCAGACACAGCAAAGAUAGAAUCAGACAAGAAAUCACUUCUAACUGGAACAGGAGCUGGGAAUUUCAGUGAACGCUACAGUGUGGAAAAUUGGUGUGUUAAAAGAAAUGCGUCAAUAGGAGAUCCAGACACGGUGCAGGAAAUACAAACAGUCUUGAAAAAAUAUCAGUGCAGUGAGUGUGAAAAAUGCUUUGUUACUCCACACAAAUUGAAAGUGCAUCAUUUCAUUCAUACCAAAGAGAAGGAGCAUCUCUGUGCUGCAUGUGGAAAGGGUUUCAGUUUAUUAAACAGUUUAAGAAAACAUGAGAGAGUUCACACAGGAGAAAAGCCAUAUGUUUGCACUGACUGUGGAAAAGCAUUUACUUUCUUGAGUAACUUAAAGACUCACAGGAGAAUUCACACUGGUGAGAAACCAUACUCCUGCACAGCGUGUGGUAAGAAUUUUCGUAAAGUUGAGCACCUAAAAGCACACCAUCAGAGCCACACGGAGGAGAGACCACAUAUUUGUGCAGUCUGCGGGAAGGGAUACCGACAGCCAGAGAGUGUUAAGGAGCACCUGCUUCUGCACUCAGGAGUGAAACCACACACCUGUGCUGAAUGUGGAAAGAGUUUCAUCCGACUGAGAAACUUAAAAGAACAUCAGCGAAUUCACACAGGCAAGAAACCGCACUCUUGUAGUGAGUGUGGGAAACAUUUCAUUGUUCAGGGAAACUUAACAGUACACAUGCGAAUCCACACAGGAGAAACUCCAUAUACCUGCAAUCUUUGUGGGAAACGCUAUCGACAGUUAGGGAGCUUUAAGGCACAUGAACGAGAGCACAGUGGGGAAAUGCCCUACAGCUGUACUUACUGUGCGAGAAGUUUCCGGAGAUUAGGGCACUUAAAGAGGCAUGAGCUAAUUCACACAAGAGAGAAACCGUACACUUGUGAUACCUGUGGAAAGGAGUAUAAAUCAUUGGGAGGGUUAAGGAAACAUCAGCUGAAUCAUGUGAAACCUCACAGAUUCUGAAUCAUUCUUAAUGGUUAAUU